AAAUCUCCUCCCUCUUUUCAACAAACUCCCAUUCUUGUAUAAAACCCAGCACAAAGCACCUCAAUCUCCAAAAAUAUUCAUCCUCCCACAGUUUCUCAUCUCAAAACCCCAAAAACACAACUGUAAAUUGGUUCAUAAAAAUUGCAUAAAUUCAUAUUUAUACCAACCAACCAGGUUGCUUUGUUUGGUGUUUGUGUGUUGGGUUCGUUGGUAUAUUUGUGGAGGUGAUAUUUGAAAGUUAGUUUGAUUGAUUUUGUUGAUAUUAAAAAAAUGUCGGCGCCAUUCGUGGCAGAUGGAUUGGUGAGAGCGGUGAGUAGCCGGAGUAGCCGGAGUUGGAGAUCGGGGAGUAUAAGAGAGGUGUGGCAGGGGUCGUCGGACGUGUUUGAGAGGAAUAGUACGCGGCGUCAUGACGAGGUUGAUGAUGAGGAGGAGUUGAAAUGGGCUGCCAUUGAGAGGUUGCCGACUUAUGAUCGGGUGAGGAAAGGGAUGUUACAGCAGGUCACAAGCAAUGGAAGAGUGAUUCGGAAUGAGGUUGAUAUGACUAACCUUGGUCCUCAAGAUAAGAAACAGCUCAUGGAGAGUAUUCUUAAAGUUGUUGAAGAUGACAAUGAGAAGUUCCUCAAUCGCCUCCGUGCUCGUACCGAUAGAGUGGGAAUAGAAAUUCCAAAGAUUGAAGUGAGGUUCCAGAAUUUAUCAGUGGCAGGAGAUGCAUACGUUGGGACCAGAGCUCUUCCAACUCUCCUCAAUUCCACCAUGAAUGCUAUUGAGGGAAUCAUUGGAAUGGUUGGGCUUUCUCGAUCUAAGAAAAUGGUUAUCAAGAUACUUCACGAUGUCAGUGGAGUCAUAAAACCAUCCAGGAUGACACUGCUUCUUGGGCCACCUAGCUCCGGAAAGACAACAUUGCUAAAGGCAAUCGCAGGGAAAUCCGAUGAUGAUCUAAAGAUAUCUGGAAAAGUGACCUACUGUGGCAAAGAGUUUAAGGAAUUUGUUCCUCAGAGAACGAGUGCUUAUAUCAGCCAGCACGAUCUUCACUAUGGUGAAAUGACAGUUCGCGAGACAUUAGAUUUCUCAGGACGUUGCUUGGGAGUUGGAACGAGGUAUGAAAUGUUGGUAGAGUUGUCAAGACGAGAGAAAGAAGCGGGUAUUAAGCCCGACCCUGAGAUCGAUGCAUUCAUGAAAGCCACAGCUGUGGCUGGCCAAGAAACCAGUUUGAUCACAGAUUAUGUUCUCAAGAUACUUGGAUUGGAUAUUUGUGCUGAUAUUAUGGUGGGUGAUGACAUGAGAAGAGGCAUUUCUGGUGGACAAAAGAAGCGUGUCACUACCGGAGAAAUGCUGGUUGGACCAGCAAAAGCGUUUUUCAUGGAUGAAAUAUCGACAGGGCUGGAUAGUUCCACCACUUUCCAGAUUGUCAAGUUCAUGAGGCAAAUGGUUCAUACAAUGGAUGUGACCAUGGUCAUCUCUCUGUUGCAACCAGCGCCUGAGACAUUUAAUCUCUUUGAUGACGUUAUCCUACUUUCAGAAGGCCAGAUUGUGUAUCAAGGUCCACGCGAGAACAUUCUUGAGUUCUUUGAAUAUAUGGGAUUCAAAUGCCCCAAAAGGAAAGGAGUUGCAGAUUUUCUCCAAGAAGUAACUUCCAAGAAGGACCAAGAACAGUAUUGGUUCAAAAAGAACCAACCUUACAGAUAUAUCUCGGUGAACGACUUUGCACAGGCCUUCAACUCUUUCCACAUCGGGCAACAGAUGACUGAAGAACUUAGAAUUCCUUAUGACCAGUCCAAAGCCCACCCUGCUGCGUUGGUGACUGAGAGUUAUGGCAUCUCCAAUCGGGAACUCUUCAAAGCAUGCUUAUCGAGGGAGUGGCUGCUAAUGAAGCGCAACUCUUUCACAUACAUAUUCAAAACCACUCAGAUAACAAUCAUGGCCACAAUUGCCCUCACUGUUUUUUUAAGAACAGAAAUGAAAACCGGAACAGUAGAAGAUGCUUCAAAGUAUUUGGGAGCGCUGUUUUUCAGUCUUAUUAAUGUUAUGUUCAAUGGGAUGGCGGAGCUUCCAAUGACAGUUUUCAGGCUUCCCGUGUUCUUUAAACAGAGGGAUAGUUUGUUUUUCCCUGCAUGGGCUUUUAGCUUGCCAAUUUGGCUACUCCGAAUUCCCGUUUCAUUCAUGGAAUCUGUGAUAUGGAUCGUACUUACCUACUAUACAAUUGGGUUUGCACCGUCUAUUACUAGGUUCCUCAAACAGUUUCUGUCCUUCUUUAGUGUACAUCAGAUGGCUCUCUCACUCUUCCGAUUCCUUGCUGGUGCUGGAAGAACUCCUGUUGUUGCAAACACAAUGGGUUCCUUCACCUUGCUAUUGGUCUUUGUUCUUGGUGGCUUCGUUGUUUCCAAAGAUGACAUUAAACCAUGGAUGAUAUGGGGCUACUAUAUUUCUCCUAUGAUGUACGGACAAAACGCCAUUGCGAUCAAUGAAUUUCUCGAUAAAAGAUGGAGCAAUCCCGCCGCUGGUAGUUCCCAGCUUUCAGUUGGAAAAACUAUUCUUAAGAGCAGAGGGCUCUUUCGGACGGAAUAUUGGUACUGGAUUUGUAUCGGAGCGCUUCUUGCAUAUUCACUGCUUUUCAAUGGUCUUUUCAUUGCUGCACUGACAUAUUUGAAUCCUUUUGGAGAUUCUAAGGCUGUAAUUUCAGAAGAGGAAGAUGAUGAAAGUAGUAAUAAGCGGCAACUGGCAUCCAACGGUGAAGGUAUUGAUAUGGCUGUAAGAAAUCCUCAAGGGAGCACCAGAUCAAAUGUUGAUGGUGCAAAUCAAUCUAAACGAGGAAUGGUUUUGCCUUUUGCCCCCCUUUCACUUGUAUUCGACCAUGUGAAUUACUAUGUGGAUAUGCCUGCAGAAAUGAAGAGUCAGGGAGUCGACGAAACCCGUCUACGACUAUUACGAGAUGUCAGUGGUGCUUUCAGGCCUGGUAUUCUAACUGCACUAGUUGGUGUCAGUGGUGCUGGAAAGACCACAUUGAUGGAUGUGUUAGCAGGGAGAAAGACCGGGGGGUAUAUUGAAGGAAACAUAAGCAUUUCAGGUUACCCAAAGAAUCAAGAAACUUUUGCUCGAGUCAGCGGUUAUUGUGAACAGAAUGACAUCCAUUCACCAUUUGUUACUGUCCAUGAAUCUCUCUUAUACUCUGCCUGGCUGCGUCUUUCGAAGGAUGUGAAUACGGAAACAAAACAGAUGUUUGUGGCAGAAGUUAUGGAUCUUGUUGAGCUCAAUACCUUGAAAAAUGCUCUAGUUGGACUUCCAGGAGUAAAUGGUCUUUCAACUGAACAGCGAAAGAGGCUCACCAUUGCUGUUGAGUUGGUUGCUAAUCCCUCCAUCAUCUUUAUGGAUGAGCCCACAUCAGGCCUUGACGCAAGAGCUGCUGCAAUUGUCAUGCGUACUGUGAGGAACACGGUGGACACAGGGCGAACUGUCGUCUGCACCAUUCAUCAACCGAGCAUAGAUAUAUUUGAAGCUUUCGAUGAGCUUCUAUUGAUGAAGAGAGGAGGGAAUGUGAUAUAUGCUGGACCUCUCGGUCGCCAUUCUCACAAGCUUGUUGAAUAUUUUGAGGCUGUUCCGGGGGUUCCUAAGAUUACAGAGGGUUACAAUCCAGCUACUUGGAUGUUGGACGUCAGCUCUACCGCAGUUGAGGCACAACUUGAUGUUGACUUUGCAGAAAUUUAUGCCAAUUCUGGCCUCUACCAGAGAAAUCAGGAACUUAUCAAGGAGCUAAGCACUCCGGCGCCGGGUACCAAUGACCUCUACUUCCCUUCCAAAUACUCGCAAUCCUUCCUAACUCAAUGCUUGGCUUGCUUCUGGAAACAACACUGGUCAUACUGGAGGAACUCACAGUACAAUGCUAUCAGAUUCUUCAUGACAAUUGUCAUCGGUAUUAUUUUUGGUGUUAUCUUCUUGGGCAAAGGAAGCAAAAUACAACAACAACAAGACUUGCUUAAUCUUCUUGGAGCUACCUAUUCUGCUAUCCUUUUCCUCGGAUCCUCCAAUGCUAAUGCGGUGCAAACCGUUGUAGCAGUUGAGAGAACAGUAUUUUACCGUGAAAGAGCAGCUGGGAUGUAUUCAGAGUUGCCUUACGCGUUUGCUCAGGUGGCCAUAGAAACAAUUUAUGUUGUAAUUCAGACCCUUAUCUAUGCUCUUCUCCUUUACUCGAUGAUUGGCUUUGAAUGGACAGCAGUCAAGUUCUUCUAUUUCUACUACUUCAUAUUCAUGUGCUUUACCUACUUCUCCAUGUACGGAAUGAUGGUUGUGGCUUUGACUCCUAACCAUCAAAUUGCGGCUAUUGUCAUGUCCUUCUUCUUCAGUUUCUGGAACUUGUUCUCUGGUUUCCUCAUCUUCAGGCCGAAUAUCCCGAUAUGGUGGAGGUGGUACUAUUGGUGUUCUCCAAUUGCCUGGACAAUCUAUGGCAUUUUCACAUCGCAAGUGGGUGACAAGACCAGUCCUCUUACUUUCACUGAUGGGUCAGUCUCUACAGUGAAGGAAUUCCUUAAAAGCACCCUGGGUUUUGAUUAUGACUUCCUCAUUCCUGUAGUCUUUGCGCAUGUUGGUUGGGUCCUCCUCUUCUUCUUCGUCUUUGCUUACGGCAUCAAGUUCCUCAACUUCCAAAGGAGAUAG